AUUGUGAAAAUAAUCUUGUCCAGUCAUAAGGUAAGGUAAACAAUAAUGGCGGCGAAGUCACUAAAACCAAACUCAAACUUGUAGCCAUAGCCACCCAAUUCGAGUGAGGAACACUCGAUAUCCAACUUUCAAUUCCACACCUAAUUCGUUCGUGUUAAAUUUUCAAUCCCUACUCCUAUCGUAAUUCGUUUGUUCUGUUCUGUUCGCAACGCCAAGAAGAUGGGGUUGUGAUUCUUAAUUGGAGGAGGGAGGACACAAUGCGGUGGUUUCCGUUGAGUACAAUUACAACGUCGGAGAGAGAGCGAGAUAGAGAUAAUAAUAGUCGUGCUUCGGUGUAUCUCAAUGUAUAUGAUCUUACUCCCAUAAACAAUUACCUUUACAUGUUUGGCCUUGGAAUCUUUCAUUCGGGCAUACAAGUUCAUGAUAUUGAAUAUGGCUUUGGAGCACAUGAAUAUCCAAGUAGUGGUGUGUUUGAGGUGGAACCUAGAAGCUGCCCUGGCUUCAUAUUCAGACGAUCAGUGUUGUUGGGCAGCACUGAUAUGUCUAACUCAGAAUUUCGAUCUUUAAUAGAACGUCUGUCUGCAAAAUAUCAUGGAGACACUUAUCAUCUAAUUGCCAAAAACUGCAACCAUUUUACGGAUGAAGUUUGCCAGCAUCUAACAGGAAAUCCUAUCCCUGGAUGGAUAAAUCGGAUGGCUCGUGUAGGUUCUUUCUGCAAUUGUCUUCUGCCAGAAAGCCUCCAGGUUGCUGCGGUUAGACAUAUCCCUGAACAUCUUGCAUUUGCAGAUGAUGAUGGAUCAGGAUCUGAUGGCCUUUCUGCAUCUGUUGAGAGUGAGGAGGAUGAGCCCAAUCACCAUUUGCUAACUGCACCAAAUGGUGAUGUUGCCUUUCUAAAGGAAAAACCAGUUAGGCUGGCACGGGAACACCUAUGAUUUUAAUUGGUUUACCUUCCGUUUUUUAUUCUUUCUUUGUUCUCUUGGCUUGUACCUAUCUAUGAUCCUAGAUUUGAGUGCAACAGAGUUUCUCGGCUGGAAGACUCAAAAUGGAUGCUUUGUAGAACAAAGAUGAUAAUCUGUUGUUGUAUAAUGUCCUGUACGUUUCAAAAUGGACUGGUUGUCCUGUAGAGGCUAUUAGGAGUACAAACAAAAAUGUUUUGGGUAUACUAUUAAAUCUGAUUGAGUUAUUCCUUUGCCAAUCCAUCUUUUUUG